CCUACUCCACCCCGGGAGGCGGACAGGCUCCUUCCUUCCGCAACCAGAGAACAAAGCAAGAGACCUGGGGAUUUCCCUGGCCCUGGGACACCCAACUUUCCAGCCCCGACCGUGGAUAAAAGCAGUUCGCGGGGCUUGGAGCCGCACAGCCCGAAUCACAGGCAAGCAGCCUUCCUCGAGCCACCUUCUCGCUCCAGGCACCGCCGCCCCGACUCUCCGAGCCGAGCACCAUGGCCCGCACCGCGCUCCCCGCCGCUCCCCGUCUCCUCCGGGUGGCGCUGCUGCUUCUGCUCCUGGUCGCCGCCGGCCGGCGCGCAGCUGGGGCGCCCAUGGGCUCCGAACUGCGCUGCCAGUGCGUGAAGACCGUGCAGGGGAUCCAUCCCAAGAACAUCGCAAGUGUGAAGGUGACGCCCCCGGGACCCCACUGCGCCGAUACCGAAGUCAUAGCCACUCUCAAGAAUGGGCAGGAGGUUUGUCUCAACCCCACAGCCCCCAUGGUUAUCAGACUCAUCGAAAAGAUACUAAACACUGACAGUUCCAACUGACCCUGGGGACAGAAGGAAGCUUAUUGGUGAUUCUUCUGGAAGCAAACCCUGCCCUUCCAGGAACUGAAGACGAAGAAGAGAAACAGUUCUGAGGAUACCUGAUCUGGGCUUCUGUUGCAGCAUCUCUUAUGGCAGUUCUUCUAUUUAUUUAUUUAUUUAUUUUGAGAGCAUCUCUGUUAACACGGUACAUGUAAAAUAAUUAAGGUUGUGGCUAAAUCUAUUUACAUACUUUACUGUUACAUUUAUUGCUCGCUUUAUGUCAAAUCAAAGUAAGUUCAGUCCUGCUUCUUAUUUAAUUUGAAGGUAAAAGGUUUUUGAAUGUUGUCUAGUCAUUAAUAUUUCUGGGGAGCCCACAACAUGCCAUCCACUGUGAUGGAGGCUUGGGGGAACAAGCAAAUAGAUCAUUGUCAAGGUACGGAGGAGAGGUGUGUUUACAAGUCUUUUCUAGUUAGAAGAUCAUUUGUUAUUUAUUGAAACCAUUUUAUGAUAUGUGGUAAACAUCUCUCAUGUUGAAGCUUUAAGAACUACAAUGUUAUAGAUAUGCCUUGGACAUUUUAUGUCUUCUUUGUAAGGCACAAUGCCUUGUUUAGUGUUAAUUAUGCACUGUUUCUGUGUGUCCUAAAUAUUUAUUGAUGUUUUUACAAAUAACAUGAAAAUAAAGUGUUUCAAAA